AUGCCUGCCUCAAUUUUCCCUUCAUACCCCCCUUCAAUAUCAUUUGAGCAAUCUUCCUACUUGCUUAAGUCUUUUAUAGAUUGGUCGCUGUUCAAUGGUCUUAGCGUCCGUCCACUUCAAGCGGAAAAUCAAAACGGAGCUCUAGCAGUACAUGCGCCAGUAACAUUAUUCCCGAGUCCCUUUCCGAGAGCAUGUUUUGAGGAGGCAAAAGCAGUCCAAAUAUGGUUCAACGAGUUAUAUGCGAGAAUUGCAGCGGACGAGGAGUGGUUAUUGAAGAUUGUGGACGAAUUGAUCGAGGUGGACGAUUUCAUGGCCCGUUUAUACAAAGUACAUCUUGAUGUCAAAAAAGAAGGCUUUAUUCAGGAUCUUUCCCUUGGCAUAUUCCGGUCGAAUUCAACACCAUCUCUGUGUCUUUUGGGGGUCUCGCGACUCGCGUUUCGGAACUCCAUAGACACUUACUGCGAGUGGGAAAUAGCCAAUGGUCUGGCAGCAGCGCACAAGGCAUAUGGUCUUGGAGGAUCGGGACGUAAUACGGCAAUAUUAUUCAUCAUUCAGGAUGAUGAAAGAAAUAUUUUUGAUCAAAGGUUGAUAGAAUAUAACCUCCUGGAAAAUCACGACAUUCAGUGCUAUCGUAUCACAAUACAACAAGUCCCGGAUCUCAUCACUCUAGAUCCUGUAACACGUGCGUUGAUAUAUCAUCCGCCACAUGAUGAUGGAGUCCAUAUGGAGAUAUCUACGGCAUAUUUUCGCUCAUGUUAUGAUCCAGAAGAUUUCCACUCUGAGACUGAUUGGGUAUCUCGUACUACAAUUGAGCGCUCAAAAGCUAUUAAGUGCCCAUCAGUCAUCACCCAGUUAGCUGGAGCCAAAAAGGUGCAGCAAGUCCUCGCCAUGGAAGGUACCGUUGAAAGGUUUCUUCCAGACACGUCGAUCUCAACUCGGAUUCAAAAUACUUUCGCCGCCAUAUAUCCACUCGAUACUUCAUCGGCUGGUCUAGCCGCUCGUGACCUGGCACUCAAUAACCCGGAAAAGUAUGUUCUGAAGCCGCAGCGGGAGGGGGGAGGGAACAAUAUCUACAGAUCUAAGAUACCCGACUUCCUAAAGUCAAUUCCGGAGUCGCACUGGAGCAGUUAUAUACUCAUGGAAUUGAUCGAACCGCCGAGUUUAGGUAAUAGCAUAGUCAGAAAUGGAAUUAUUACAACUGGCGAGGUUAUUUGCGAACUAGGCAUCUUCGGGGCAGUACUUUGGAGAAACGGCAAAGGGAUAGAAAGGGGCAAAGGGAUAAAGGAGAUUGUUGUGAAUGAAGAGACUGGUUGGCUAUUGAGGACGAAAGGAAGAGAUAGUGAGGAAGGCGGGGUAGCAGCAGGAUUUGGAAGUGUUGAUGGCAUCUUACUUGUUGAUUGA